AUGGGUUUAGGUUCAUCAGAAAUUGGAUAUAUAGUGUCCAUUAUUGUUCUACUUUGCAUUUCCCAGUGCUAUGCCAAAAGAAAAGUGUUCAAUAUUAUUGAUUUUGGCGCCACACCUGAUGAAAGAACAGAUAGCAGUAAGGCUUUGCGUGCGGCAUGGAGUGAAGCGUGUGCAAAUAAUGGAGGUGGUGUGAUUUUGGUACCAGCGGUAGGGAGGUUCUUGGUCUUGCCCGUGUUGCUUCAAGGUCCUUGCAAAGGCAUCAUUGAACUGCAGGUUGAUGGCGAUCUCUUGGCUUCCUCACACAAGGCUUUUGCCAUUGGUUACUCUUGGUUCAAAUUCUAUGGAGUCAACAACUUGGUUAUCAAGGGUCUAGGCCGCUUCGUUGGCCGAGGUCGAACCGCUUGGCCUUACAAUACCUGCAAAUAUGGAUCAUGCAGUCGCCUUCCUAUUACUAUAAAUCUCCAAUCAAUCAACAAUUUAAGGAUCAGGGACAUAACAUCGGUAAAUAGCAAACUCUACCAUUUCAACGUGCAUGGAUGCAAUGAUGUAGUGUUUGAUAACGUUAAAGUAAUAGCACCAGGUGAAAGUCCUAACACGAAUGGCAUCCACAUUUCCAAGUCGACGGGUGUCACCAUAAAAAACUCAUUCAUCGCCACAGGAGAUGAUUGCAUCUCCUUUGGCCGUGGAAGUAAGGACGUUAAAAUAACCAACGUUCAUUGCGGUCCUGGCCAUGGAAUUAGCAUCGGUAGUCUCGGAAAGUUCCCAGAUGAACCAAAUAUUAAUGGAAUCAUAGUAAGCGACUCCAAAUUCGUUGGCACGACAAAUGGUGUUCAGAUCAAAACAUGGUCCAAAUCAUAUCCAAGUGUGGUUAGCAAUAUUACAUUUGUGAAUCUCGAAAUGUAUAAUGUCGAACGCCCUAUCAUGAUCGAUCAAAACUACUGUCCCAACAAUGCUUGCAAGAACAAUAAAGUGAGCGUGUCAAGAAUACAAAUUAAAGAUGUGAAGUUUGAAAACAUAUGGGGAACAUCAUCGGAGCACUUGGCAGUAACUUUGAAAUGCAGCCAAGUUUUUCCAUGCCAAGGCAUAGUGUUAAACAACAUCAACCUAGUCUUCAAUGGCAGUGGCUCCUCAACUUCGAUAUGCCAAAACGUCGAGGGUUCGGCUUCUCGCCCUCUUCGGCCUCCCUCUUGCCUUUAA